AACCAGCCGUAUGCCGGGACCUGCUAAUCAUCGAACCCUCCCAGGCUGAGUCUGAGCCAAAUCUCUCUCUUCUCUCUCUCUCCGGUUCCCCUCCGAUCCAACCUGCGGCGGCGGCCGGCAGCCUCCCGCCCCCCUAUGCCCUGUACCACACGCAAUCCUAACCCAGAUCACCCGCACGCCAUCGCGCCGGUUUCCCCUCCGCCGCCAUGGGCUCCAUCGAGCCCUUCAACCGGCUGGUGAGGCUGGCGGCGCGCGCGUUCUACGACAACAUCUCCAUGAAGGGCGACAACCAGCCCAAGACCUCCCGCGGGGACAACCGCGGCAUGGCCGUCGUCGUCCUCGACGCGCUCACCAGACGCCAGUGGGUACGGGAGGAAGAUUUGGCUAAAGCGUUGAAACUCCACUCGAAGCAGCUGCGGCGCAUUCUCCGGUUCUUCGAAGAAGAGAAGCUAGUCACGAGAGAUCACCGGAAGGAGUCUGCAAAAGGAGCAAAAGUAUACAAUGCUGCUGCUGCAGCUACCAGUGAUGGUCAACCAGUCACUAAGGAGGGAGAAGAGAAAGUAAAGAUUCACACACAUUCGUACUGUUGCCUGGAUUAUGCUCAGAUCUGUGAUGUCGUAAGGUACCGGAUACACCGCAUGAAGAAAAAAUUGAAGGAUGAAUUGGACAGCAGAAAUACAAUUCAACACUAUAUAUGUCCUAGCUGUAAUAAAAGGUACUCAGCCUUUGAUGCACUACAACUGGUAAGCUACACGGAUGAGUACUUCCAUUGUGAAACUUGCAAUGGUGAAUUGGUUGCAGAGAGUGACAAGCUUGCUUCUGAGGAAAUGGGAGAUGGUGAUGACAAUGCAAGAAAGCGUAGGCGUGAGAAAUUGAAGGAUAUGCAGCAAAGAAUUGAUGAGCAAUUGAAGCCAUUGGUUGCACAACUUGAUAGAGUGAGGAAUCUGCCUGCGCCUGAAUUUGGGAGCCUACAAUCAUGGGAAAGAGCAAAUAUUGGUGCUUUUGCAAAUGGUGACCCUGGUGCAGCUGAUUCAUCUAGGAACUCACAAGGGCCGUAUAAUGGUACGCCAAUGCCAUACAUUGGAGAGACAAAGGUUGAAGUUGCAUUAGGUGAUGGUGUACAAGAAGAUGGUGCUGAAUCUGGUAAAAAUGGUACAGACAAGAAAGUCUUACCUCCAUGGAUGAUCAGUCCAGGCAUGAAUCUUACUAAGGAACAAAGAGGAGAGACCAGUAGCACAUCGAAACUAGAUGAGAAAUCAGAAGCCAAUGAUGACAAAAAACAGGACUCAAAAGAUGAGAAGAGUAUACAGGAGGAAUACAUAAAGGCUUAUUACGAGGCCUUGAGGAAAAAGCAGGAAGAGGAAGAUGCAAAAAGGAGAAUGCAGCAGGAAGGCGAGACUUUAGUCUCUGAUUCUCAAUCUGAACGCCAGAUGGGCAAGAAAUACAAACGGGAGGAUGAGGAUGAGGGUAUUGAAUGGGAAGAGGAGCAACCUGCAGGAAAUACAGAGGAGACAUACAAAUUGGCAGAUUUGAAUGUGGAGGCCCAAGAAUCUGGCGAUGAUGAAGAGGAUAUUGACUGGCAAGAGGGUUAAAACUUGAAAAGGUAGCGUGUGACCCCUUGCUCCCACUUGAAUUUUGUCCAACUAGUUCAAGCACACUAUGUCAUGGACGGUAUGAUUAGCGAUUUUGCCAACUAGACAAGAGGCAAAGACAAACGUGGAAAGCAUCGACCCGAUGAGAUAGUUGCCUUGGCGUGUUUGGCCAUGCGGAAUUUGUUCGAGUGAAAAGCCAGCUACUAUGCGUUUUCGUUUCAAGAAUAUUGUAAGAAAAAUGUAUUCUUAGCAGCAAAUGAAUAUCUGCUUUAUAAUUGCAAAGAAUUACUGUGGACUAGUAUGGUAUGGACAAUGUGACGUACGUGCGGAAGGAAAUGCUUACGUGUGGUUCAUUUGGUUC